GCCCGGCUUCGGCGUUAUGAUUGCCGGCGGAAUCGUCGCGGCUCCUCCAUUUUUUUUCUGCUUUGAACGGCGUCGGUUGCCAACUGGCGGAUUUUUGUUGUCGUUGUGAAUGGCCACUUUGGUAAGAGGCAUCCUUGCGGCCGAAUCCAUAUACAUCGGUUCUGUUACUGAUCAUGGCCUUGUAAAAUAAUUAUACACAGACAUUUUUUUCAUCAAGAGUGAUCAUUCUUACUUUUUAAUCAUCGAGAACUUCACUGGAAGAACUUUGACAAGAUGUAUUUGUACAACUUAACCCUGCAGCGUGCCACAGGCAUCACACAUGCCGUUCAUGGAAACUUUUCUGGCACCAAGAUGCAGGAAAUCUUGGUGUCCAGGGGGAAAUCAUUAGAACUUCUUAGGCCAGACCCUAACACUGGCAAAGUCCAUACGGUACUUACAGUUGAAGUAUUUGGUAUAAUCAGAUCUCUGAUAGCCUUCAGAUUGACUGGUGGUACAAAGGAUUACAUAGUUGUUGGAUCUGAUUCCGGGCGCAUUGUCAUAUUGGAAUAUAUCCCUGCUAAGAAUAUCUUUGAAAAGGUCCAUCAAGAAACUUUUGGAAAGAGUGGUUGUAGAAGAAUUGUUCCUGGGCAAUAUUUGGCUAUUGAUCCUAAGGGUCGUGCUGUCAUGAUUGGAGCUGUUGAGAAACAAAAACUUGUCUACAUUCUCAAUCGAGAUCCAGAGGCAAGACUUACCAUUUCAUCACCUCUUGAAGCUCACAAGAGUAACACCUUAGUCUACCAUUUGGUGGGAGUAGAUGUAGGCUUUGAAAAUCCAAUGUUUGCUUGCCUUGAAAUUGAUUAUGAGGAGGCUGACUCUGAUCCAACAGGAGAAGCUGCUAUUAAGACUCAGCAAACACUAACUUUUUAUGAACUUGAUCUUGGUUUAAAUCAUGUCGUACGAAAGUACAGUGAACCAUUGGAGGAGCACGCAAAUUUCCUUGUAUCUGUUCCUGGUGGUCAUGAUGGACCUAGUGGUGUUUUGAUUUGCUCUGAGAAUUACUUGACCUAUAAGAAUUUAGGUGACCAGCCAGAUAUUCGCUGUCCAAUUCCAAGACGUAGGAAUGACCUUGACGAUCCUGAACGAGGAAUGAUUUUUGUCUGUUCAGCUACUCACAAGACAAAGAGCAUGUUUUUCUUCCUUGCUCAAACAGAACAAGGGGAUAUUUUUAAAAUCACCUUGGAGACAGAUGAAGAUGUAGUAACUGAAAUCAAACUAAAGUAUUUUGAUACAGUACCAGUAGCUACAAGCAUGUGUGUCUUGAAAACUGGUUUUCUGUUCAUUGCAUCAGAAUUUGGUAAUCACUACCUGUACCAGAUUGCUCACCUUGGUGAUGAUGAUGACGAGCCUGAAUUCAGCUCAGCUAUGCCUCUUGAGGAGGGAGACACAUUCUUCUUUGCACCUAGACCAUUAAGGAAUCUCGUUCUUGUUGAUGAAAUGGACAGCUUAUCACCAAUCAUGACUUGUCAGGUUGCUGACUUGGCUAAUGAAGAUACCCCACAACUUUACAUUGCUUGUGGACGUGGACCUCGCUCAACUCUCAGGGUCUUAAGACACGGUCUUGAAGUAUCAGAAAUGGCUGUGAGUGAACUGCCCGGUAAUCCUAAUGCUGUAUGGACUGUGAAGCGGCGUAUUGACGAGGAAUUCGAUGCUUACAUCAUAGUGUCCUUCGUGAACGCCACCUUGGUACUUAGUAUCGGUGAAACCGUCGAGGAAGUCACUGAUUCGGGAUUUCUUGGAACUACGCGUACGCUCAGUUGUUCAGCUCUUGGAGAUGAUGCUCUGGUUCAGGUUUACCCUGAUGGUAUUCGCCAUAUUCGAGCAGAUAAGAGAGUUAACGAGUGGAAGGCACCGGGCAAAAAAACAAUCAUCAAAUGUGCCGUCAAUCAGCGACAGGUCGUCAUCGCCUUAACCGGCGGCGAACUUGUUUACUUUGAAAUGGACCCUACCGGCCAACUAAACGAGUACACGGAGCGUAAAAAGAUGCCAUCGGAAGUGAUGUGCAUGGCCCUUGGAAAUGUAGCAGCAGGAGAGCAACGUUCUUGGUUUUUAGCCGUUGGUCUUCAGGACAAUACUGUGCGUAUAAUCUCGCUUGAUCCGUCAGACUGUCUGUCGCCGAGGAGUAUGCAGGCCUUGCCAGCAGCUGCUGAAAGUUUGUGUAUCGUUGAAAUGGGUAUCAAGGAUAACGAUGCUGGCGAAGACAGCAAUCAAAUACAGUCGACGCUACAUUUAAAUAUUGGUUUGCAGAACGGAGUACUGCUGAGAACAGUAUUGGAUCCUAUAUCGGGUGAUCUGUCAGAUACCAGAACCCGUUAUCUCGGUUCUAGGCCAGUACAACUUUUCCGUAUAAAAAUGCAGGGCAAGGAAGCUGUUCUCGCUAUGAGUAGUCGCUCUUGGCUUAGCUAUUACUUCCAAAAUCGCUUCCACCUUACCCCAUUAUCUUACGAGAGUCUCGAGUACGCAUCGGGAUUCAGCUCCGAACAAUGUCCGGAAGGUAUCGUUGCCAUCUCAACGAAUACUUUAAGAAUUUUGGCCCUGGAAAAACUUGGAGCGGUAUUCAAUCAAGUCAGUUUCCCACUGGAGUAUACGCCACGCAAGUUUAUUAUCCAUAACGAGACGGCGCACAUUGUGGUGAUCGAGACAGAGCAUAAUGCUUAUACUGAAGAGACCAAGCAGCAGCGACGAUUGCAAAUGGCCGAAGAAAUGCAAGAAGCUGCUGGUGCUGAGGAAGCGGCUGUAGCUCGAGAGCUCGCCGAGGCUUUUCUCUCGGAAGAACCAAACGAGCAGGUCUUCGGUGCACCUAGAGCUGGUCCUGGACUAUGGGCUUCGAUGAUCAGAAUUAUGGCGCCGACUUCGGGAAAUACUUUCCAGGUUCAUAGGCUGGAACAAAAUCUUGCUGCCAUGUGCUUGGCUUUUGUUAAAUUCGCUAAUAAUCCACAACAGUUCCUCAUAGUAGGAGUUGCAAAAGAAUACCAACUAAAUCCAAGGAUCAGCAAUGGUGGUUUCUUGUACACGUACAAAGUGAAUGCCGAAUGCACAUUUAUCGAACUCAUACACCGUACGACGCUUGACGAGAUUCCCUUGUCAAUUUGUCCGUACCAGGGUCGCGUUUUAGUAGGCGUUGGUCGUAUGUUGCGCCUCUAUGACCUUGGCAAGAAGAAACUGUUACGCAAAUGUGAAAAUAAACAUAUCCCGAAUGCUGUUAUUUGCAUCAAUGCCAUUGGUCAGCGAAUAUACGCCAGUGACGUACAGGAGUCGGUUUAUGCUGUCAGAUACAAGCGACAGGAGAAUCAGCUCAUCGUAUUCGCUGACGAUACGCACCCGAGGUGGAUUACUACUACUUGUGUACUUGAUUAUGACACUGUUGCUACGGCUGACAAAUUUGGAAAUAUUGCUGUGGUUCGUUUAGCAAGUGGAAUAAACGAUGAUGUAGACGAAGAUCCAACAGGGAAUAAGGCACUUUGGGAUCGUGGUUUAUUGAAUGGCGCGUCUCAGAAAGCCGACACUGUCGCUUGCUUCCACGUAGGCGAAACGGUGAUGUCGUUGCAAAGAGCUACUCUUAUUCCUGGAGGUAGCGAGUCACUGGUAUAUACCACGUUGAGUGGUACUGUCGGUGUCCUCGUGGCAUUCACUAGCCACGAAGAUCAUGACUUUUUCCAACACUUGGAGAUGCAUAUGAGGUCUGAACAUCCUCCCAUUUGCGGUCGCGACCAUUUGAGCUUCAGGUCUUAUUACUAUCCGGUGAAGAACGUGAUCGAUGGUGAUCUUUGUGAGCAGUUCAACUCUAUUGAACCUGCAAAGCAAAAAAGCAUAGCAGGAGAUCUCGAGAGAACACCGGCAGAAGUAUCGAAGAAACUUGAAGACAUUAGAACACGUUACGCAUUCUAAACGGGUUUUUGCAUAGACCUUAUUUCAAAGUAUUGGACGCAGUGUAAUCACAUUCUUUUU